AUGCCAAUCAACCUGCUAUCUGCCAAUCACGGGAAUGACUGGAAUGUUCUGAUGCCGGGCAUCCUGGCAGAGUGGCGCAGAGUGCUUCCCUAUCCAGAGAUUGGAAAUGAAGAGCUGGAGGAGAUCAACUCGUUUGUUGCUCCGGUAGAGAAAUUCUUCACUGAAGAGGUGGACUCCAAGCGUAUCGACCAUGAAGCUAAGAUUCCUCCAGAGACUCUGAACGGACUGAAGGAGCUGGGACUGUUCGGUAUCCAGGUGCCUGAGGAGUAUGGUGGCCUGGGUCUGUCCAACACCAUGUAUGCCCGACUAGGAGAGAUCAUCUCUCUCGAUGGAUCCAUAGCAGUUACACUGGCUGCCCACCAAGCCAUCGGACUCAAGGGGAUCCUGAUAGCCGGUAGUGAGGAGCAGAAGGCUAAAUAUCUCCCCAAGCUGGCUUCAGGAGAACAUGUAGCAGCCUUCUGUCUCACUGAGCCUGGCAGUGGGAGUGAUGCUGCAUCCAUUCAGACCAAAGCCACCCUAUCAGAAGACAGGAAAACAUUCCUGCUCAAUGGGUCAAAGAUCUGGAUCUCAAACGGGGGGUUUGCAGACCUGAUGACGGUGUUUGCUCGUACGGAGGUGGUAGGAGAGGAUGGAGUGAAGAAAGAUAAGAUCACUGCCUUCAUCGUAGAGCGAGCCUUCGGAGGGAUCACCAGCGGAAAACCAGAAGACAAACUAGGCAUUAGGGGGUCUAACAGUAAGAUCACAUCUAGGCAUUAGGGGGUCUAACAGUAA